AUGGGCUGUUUCGGGAAAUCCCUGGCUGGCCCAGGAUACGUCAUCCUCAAUACAAUCCGAGUGCUCAAUGUCAUCAGCUUGCUGGCUGUCAUCGCAGCCUGCUCUGUCAUGCUCGUCAAGACAUUUGUUGUUAGUAAAUUCUUCUUUUUCGACGCGUGUGGACACGUCGUCAAGGCUAUUAUCGCUGGCUUCCUGAUCUUUACCGAGAUUCCUCUCUUCAGAAGCUAUCUUGCUCGAAAUUGGCCCCUCUUCAGUCGAGAUUCCGGCUUUGUCAUGCUUGGUGUGACAAUGAUUCUUCUGGGAAACGCGAUUUUGGGAAACCUCAACAAGGAAGCAACUAGUCAGGAAUCACUUGGUCUGGCAUUCUGGAGAAUAGUCAUUGCUUCAGGCAUUGUGGUCAUCGUCAUGGGCUUUGUCAAUAUCCUCUCGAGCUACGUCUUCCGCGACACAAAGAUCGGCCUAAACGCACGACAAGUUCGAUCUCACGGUGCAGUGGCAGAGCAGAAGGUGGUCAGUGGUGACUCGACUCGGAAGUCGUUUCGAAAGUCUUUCCAUCUGGGACGAAAAGACAACCUACCAUCCUACUACUCCAACUCAGUCUACUCGAGGUCCAACAGCACCAGAUCAGAGAAAGCUGGCUCACCACUCCGAGGGCUACAAAUCUCGAACCCGACAUACAACAAUUCUGAGCAAUUCUCGAAAUAUUCUGGCAGUCCGGAAGUGGCUACUCCAAAUCUGGCGCAUCAUCCUGCCAUGUACUCGAACAGGGUGUAA